GAGAAAUAUCAAAUGUUGCUUCAGAAAGUCUGUUCAAAAAUUCCUUGUUGGUCUCAAUGAGCCUUAUUCCAAUUUAAGGAGCCAAAUUCUUCUUCAAACACCUUUUCCUAACAUGUCUACUGUUUACUCUUUCUUUCUUCAAGAAGAGUCUCAAAGAACACUUCAACAUCCCAUUAAUUCUGUUCCUUUUCCUUCUGAUAAUCCUAACAAUCAUGAUCCACCUUCUGUUGAUUCUGUUGCAUUCUUAGUCAAAAAAUCCAAAAAGAAAUACAUCACCUGUACUCACUGUGCCUAUCAAGACCACUAUGUUGAUAAAUGUUUUCAAGUCAUUGAAUAUCCUCCAAAUUGGAAAGGACCAAAAGGGUUGAGAAUUGCUCAUGGGUUCAAACUUCCUGCCAACUCUACUAAGAACACUCAUGCCCACUUAGCCAAUACAUCUACUGAUUCAUCUUCUAAUGACCUGGACUUCUGUGAUCCAAAUCUCUACAACAAAUUCCUUGAGUUCAUGAAGACUCAGACUAUAAAUCUGCUUCUGCUAAUGUUGUCAUGGCUGUCUCAUCACAUUAUCAGUUUCUUGAUGCUUCUCCUUUAAUAGAUAUCUAUACUAAACCACUUGGGAAUCUACUUUUCAACCAAUUUGCAGUCAAGAUG